GUAUUUCACAGUGUGAUGAAUAAUGGCCUCGACGGGACAGCGAGCAUUCGCUCAAAAAUUAAAUAAGCAAGGUGCUGCCGAGGUUAGAAAGGCAGUAUCAUCAACAGUGUAUGCUCCAUCAGAUCUUGCUAGAAGUGUCAGCGGGUUAAAUCUUACUGUGCCCCUCAAUGAUGUGGUAGACCCACCAGAAUAUGAAGAGUUUGUUCUACAGAACCAAUGUACAGUAGAAAGAGAUCCACAUAGAGAUCUUAUAUUAUACCCUGAUAAUGAUGACGUUGAUGUCCAUUUCUUGCCUAAAAGAUGCAGGACUGUCAGUCAUAUUGUUCCAGAGAUUGGAGCUGAGACGGAUACACAUGUAUUUGACUUUGUGAGGAGAUACACUGCUGAUUAUACUGUAGUCUCUAGAAGGUACCAGAGGUACAGUUCCAGUGUGUGUAGUAAGGAGAAGUUAACAGAUAGAGAUGGGUUGGAUCAACAGCAAUAUGAAGUGGAUGUGGAAGAUUCUAUGCCACAACCAGAAAAAGAUGUGAGUUCCAAAAGACAAUCAAUCCACAUGAAUGACACCCCACGUGGAAGUUGGGCCAGUAGUAUAUUUGAUCUGAAACAAUCCCAAGCUGAUGUAUUACUACCUAACCUGUUUGAACAGAUGUCCUAUGAACAAGUAGACAAACAGAACGAGGAUCAACGACAACAACACAGAUUAGAUUCAUUGUUCAGCAUGUAUGAAAUACCAGACGAGGAGGAAAAGAUAGAAAGACGACCCCCAGCUGUGGUUCCACAAGAACAUUUUGGUCACAGGAUAUUAGUCAAAUGUCUGAAUCUGAGAUUAGAGUUGGAAUUUGAACCAAUAUUUGCCUGUAUGGCUUUAUAUGAUUCUAAAGAAAAAAAGAAGAUAUCAGAAAACUUUUACUUUGACAUGAACUCAGACAAUCUAAAGAAUAUGAUAUCAAUGCAUGUUCCCAAGCAGGACGUGUCCACCUUGAGUAGGAGUUGUGUGUUAAGUCUUACAUAUCCUUCACCAGAUGUGUUCCUUGUCAUUAGGCUUGAGAAAGUGUUACAGCAAGGAGACAUUGGGGAAUGUGCUGAUCCAUAUCUGAAGGAAGAUAAGACAAAAGAAGAGAAACACAGAGGGAAUGCCACCCAGUUUUGUGAUAGACUUGGAAGAUAUAGGAUGCCCUUCGCCUGGACAGCUAUAUAUCUGAUGAACAUUGUAACUGGAGCUAGCAGUAUGGAGAGAGAGGCAUCAGUUGAUAAAUUUCAAGAUCAAGAUCUUUCCAGAACAUCUAGCCUGGACAGAAGAAGUAGUUCCAGUUUACCUGGUCAGUAUGACAGUUUCAGGAAACGUAACCGUGAAGACAGUAUUUCAAGAAGAGGCUCAUUUGAUAGAGGACGUACAGGGUAUGAGAGACGAGGUGGCUCACCAGAUGAUUAUGGCUCAAGUUUAGAUAAUUUCAAACCAGUAACAUUAACUGUCUCUAGUUUCUUUAAACAGGAAGGGGAUAAAUUGAGUGAUGAAGAUCUGUACAAGUUUUUAGCUGAUCUCAAGCGUCCAUCAAGUGUACUUAAACGAGUCAAAUGUCUACCUGGUACUCUGAAGUUGGACAUCUCUCCUUGUCCAGAGGAACCAAGGUAUUCCUUGACCCCUGAACUAUGGAAGGUUGAACCAUACCCUGAUGACAAGAGUCGACCAAUCAAAGAAAUCCUUGAGUUCCCAUCACAUGAAGUUUAUGCCCCAUUCACAAUUUACAGGAAUAUGUUGUAUGUCUAUCCAAAAAGUCUCAAUUUUGCUAAUCGUCAAGGUUCUGCUAGAAAUUUAGCAGUAAAAGUUCAGUUUAUGGCAGGUGAAGAAGAAAACUGUGCUUUACCGGUAAUCUUUGGUAAAUCAGGAGGACCAGAGUUUGUAAGAGAGGCGUAUACACCUGUAACUUAUCAUAACAAGACUCCAUGUUUCUAUGAUGAAGUCAAAAUCAAACUACCAGCCAAGCUGACAGAAGCCCACCAUUUAUUAUUCACAUUUUAUCAUAUUAGUUGUCAGAGUAAGAAAGGUGAAGUGGGACCAGUAGAACUUCCUGUUGGGUAUACAUGGUUACCAUUGUGUAGAAAUAGCAAACUUUUGACAGGAGAAUUCAAUCUUCAUGUGUCUAUAGACAGACUACCAGCUCAUUACCACAACUUGUACCCAGAUCCACAUUUGCCCUCAAUGAAGUGGGUUGAUAACCACAAAGGAGUAUUUAACAUAGCUAUCCAGGCUGUAUCAUCAAUUCAUACACAGGAUGACAAUUUGGAGAAGUUCCUCAAUUUGUCCAGACAUGCACAAGAACAGAAACUACCAAUGAUGAAAACUGAACUACAAUUUGAAAAUGAUCUGAAAAUGAGCCUUAUAGAGCUUCAGAAAGUCAGAGGAGAAAAUCUUAUACAAUUUCUACCACUGGUAUUGGACAAAUUGAUUCUGUUGAAUGUCCGUCCACCUGUCUUGGGUGGUCAGUCAGUAAAUAUAGGCCAGCCAGCCUUUGAGUCCAUGGCCAAUGUAGUAAAGAAAGUACAUGAGCUUCUUGAGGAUAGGAAUGAUCACAAUGGAAGAAAUGCUCUGUUAGCUUCUUAUAUCCAUUACACAUGUUCUUUGCCUCAUCCAGGUCUCGUUCAUCAAUCUUCAUCUAUAAAUUUUGCCAGUCUAGCCAAUGCUUCUGGUUAUAAUACCCUGGGAAGACCUUCAUCUUUACCUCUUAGUCGACAGAACUACCAAAGAUCUACCAGUAACCCUGACUUAGCGGGCAGUACUCCAACGUCACCUGAUGCUGAAGUGGGCAAUUUCUUGGGUCGUUAUAUGGACAGAGGAGGAAGCAUGCGUGGAGAAGAGUUAGCUCAGCAAAUGUUUGGAGCCAGAACUGCUGCCAAAAAGUUUGUCCAUGAAGAAUUAGCCCUCCAGUGGUCAGUUUUGAGUGGACCCAUCAGAGAGACUGCUAUGACGUAUUCCUGGUUCUUCUUUGAGCUGAUGAUUAAGAGUAUGGCUGAACAUCUAGCAAAGUGUGACAAACUAGCUGCUCCCAGACAGAUGAGAUUUCCUGAAUACUUUGAGGAUGAUUUGAAGAAUCUAGUCAGAAUGUUUGUUAGGGAUAUAGUCGAUAAAUAUGAUAAGGAUCCACUAUUAGUGAAGAGUUUGAACACAAGUCUGGCAUUCUUCCUACAUGACCUGUUGACCUAUAUGGACAGAUUCUUUGUCUUCCAGCAGAUACACUUCUAUUGCAGAACGCUUGGUGACAAAAUGAGGAACCUAGCUGAAUCUACAUCACUGAUUCUACUCAAGUUAGAUUUCAUGAGAGUUGUAUGUAGUCAUGAACAUUACUUUCCUCUAAAUUUACCGUUUGGAACCCCUCUGACUCCAUCAGCCAAUUCAUCCAGUCCUACUCCCAGUAUCUCCAGUAUAACAUCGUCCUCAUCCUACGCCUCUACCAGUACAUUGACAGACAAGGGAAGGUUCUAUGAAUUAACUAUAGAAUUCAGACAGCAACAUUUCCUGCUGGGGAUUGUGUUAUCAGACUUGUCCGUUAAUCUAGAUAUACAUAAUCCUGCUAUUCAUCCUAAGUCAAUCAACGUGUUGAGGAAUCUGUUGUUGAACCAUGACUUAGAUGUUAGGUAUACCGACCCUGAGAUGAAGGCCAGACUAGCUGCUCUGUACAUGCCAGUUAUAGGAAUUGUUAUAGAUUCAUUACCACAGCUAUGGGACCCCAAUGUUGAAGGUCGUCUCAAAAGUUUCAACUUUGAAUCUGAUGCAGAUAAGAUUAAUCAGCACAUUGCCAUGGAGAUAGCUGGUUCUAGUGUAUUUGCAGGGCGAGUGCAGGAAAGUCCUUCCUAUGAUGGGUCAAAGCCAAGAAAGUGCAAUUUGAAUGCAGAAUCUACCAGAAAUCUUCUGAUCUGUUUUAUGUGGGUGAUUAAGAAUGUUGACCAGUCCGUACUACGUCAGUGGUGGUCAGAUAUGGAUGUGGGUGUACUACAACAAAUACUGGACGUUAUAUAUUACGUUGUAUCAAACUUUGAGUAUAGGGCAAAAUGGGCUCGACUUCAAAAUCUGUGCUUAAAUAAAACUGGUUCCACUGAUACCCUGGAGGAAUGGAAUGAUGGCACAGAGAGUUCUCGUCCAAAAAGUGCAAGUUUACCAAAAUCCUACGAGCAGUUAUGGGAAGGGAUUCAACGCAAAUCUGUGGAUUUUCUCCGAGGCUCUGGAUCUUUACUUAACAGGAGUUUAAGUAAAGAUGAUUCUAUUACACAGGGAAAGAAAAGCUUAGCUCAGUAUUCUCAGCAAACAUUAAAGAAAAGUGUGGAUAUGAAGUCUCGGUUAGAGGAAGCUAUACUUGGUAGUUCUAAUGCUCGUAUGGAGAUGAUGAGACGAAGGCAGAAUUCUUCAGCAUCAUUGGCAGGGCCUGCAGAGAGAGCACCAUCUCUAGCAAACGUUUUAGGCGUAGGAGAGGCAGGAGGUAGACUUAGAUGGAGGAAGGACCAACUUGCAUAUAAACCAACUGUAGAACAACCAGAUAUGUCUAAGCCAAGAGAUGUUGAAGCUGAUGCUCAUAUUGAGGGGAAUCUAGCUGCAGAAAUCAGUAUGACUUGUCUAGAUACAAUAGAACUCAUUACACAGAUUGCCAGAGCAAAUGGUCACAUUCAGAUAUUGAGCAGUGCAUUGAGAGUUUUGUUACAUAGUUUUGGUCUAAAUCAGAGUACUUUAGUCUUACAGAAUAUGUUCGCUUCACAGAGAGCCCUAGUCACAAGGUACUUGGAUCCAUUGUUUGAGGAAGAAACAGAGCAGUGUGCUGAUUUAUGUCUUCGUCUGUUGAAACAUUGUAGCUCCUGUAUUGGUAGUAUCAGAUCUCAAGCUAGUGCCUCACUGUAUAUGUUGAUGAGGCAGAACUUUGAAUUAGGAAAUAAUUUUGCCCGAGUAAAGAUGCAGGUGACCAUGUCUCUGAGUUCAUUGGUCGGACAAAACCAAAACUUUGAUGAAGAAUAUCUACGCAAAUCAUUGAAAACAAUUCUUACUUACGCUGAAUCAGAUUAUGAUCUACAGGAUACAACCUUCCCUGAACAGGUUAAAGACUUGGUUUUUAAUCUCCAUAUGAUAUUAUCUGACACAGUAAAGAUGAAGGAAUUCCAGGAAGAUCCAGAAAUGUUACUGGAUCUAAUGUAUCGUAUUGCUAAAGGAUACCAGAACUCUCCUGAUCUCAGACUCACAUGGCUCCAGAAUAUGGCAAGCAAACAUAGUGAGAGAAGUAAUCAUGCUGAAGCAGCUCAUUGUUGUUGUCACGCUGCGGCUUUAAUAGCAGAAUAUCUGAAUAUGAUAGAGGAUAAACCUUACUUACCUGUAGGCUGUGUGGAUUAUCAGAAAAUAACAUUAAAUGUAUUGGAGGAAAGCGCUGUGUCUGAUGAUGUUGUCUCCCCUGAUGAGGAAGGGAUCUGUACUGGCAAGUACUUCACAGAGAGUGGACUUGUUGGUCUUAUGGAACAGGCUGCUAGUUCAUUUACAAUGGCUGGUAUGUAUGAAGCAGUUAACUUGGUAUAUAAAAUACUGAUUCCUAUUCAUGAAGCUCAUAAUGAAUGUAAGAAGCUGGCACAGAUCCAUCAAAAAUUACAUGAUGCUUUCCAGAAUGUUACUCUACAGGAAGGGAAGAGAAUAUUUGGUACCUACUUUAGAGUUGGAUUUUAUGGUCACAAGUUUGGAGAUCUUGAUGGUGAAGAAUUCAUUUACAAAGAACCAGCUAUAACCAAAUUACCAGAGAUAUCACAUAGACUUGAGAGUUUCUAUGGUGACAGAUUUGGGGAGGAGUUUAUACACAUAGUAAAAGACUCCAACACAGUAGAGAGAGAUAAAUUAGAUCAAAACAAGGCUUACAUUCAGAUAACCUAUGUGGAACCAUACUUUGACUUGUAUGAGAAGAGAAAUAAAACAACAUACUUUGAACAGAACUACAACAUCAAGAGAUUUAUGUAUGCCACACCUUUUACCCUGGAUGGUAGAGCUCAUGGAGAACUGGUAGAACAGUACAAGAGGAAAACCAUACUGACAACACUUCAGACCUUCCCAUACAUUAAAACAAGAUUAACUGUUAUCAGCAGGGAACAGGUUAUAUUAUUACCAAUUGAAGCUGCUAUUGAAGACAUACAGAAAAAGACCAAAGAAUUGGAUGUCGCUACAAAGGGACAUGACACAAAAAUACUUCAAAUGGUGUUACAAGGCUGUAUUGGUACCACUGUUAAUCAGGGACCAGUAGAAGUUGCUAUUGUUUUCCUGAAAGAAGUGAUCCAGAAACCUGACCAAAUCACUAAACACCAUAAUAAACUCAGACUUUGUUUCAAAGAUUUUCUUAAAAAAGGGUAUGAUGCUCUUCAUAAGAAUAAAAACUUGAUCAAACAUGAUCAGAAAGAAUAUCAGAGAGAACUAGAGAGGAAUUAUCAUGAAAUCAAAGAAAAACUCAAUCCACUAAUAUCAUCUAAGGCUACUACAAUGAAAAGAUCUAAGCAUCAUAGAAGAACAAACAGAGAAUCUCCAACAAAACAGAAGUCAAUAGUAUAACAGUAUUAAUAAGAUUGAGGAUGGGCCAGUGCAAACACAUAGGGACUUUUAUUGACUAGUCAGAACAGUCCUAGUUAGUUAGUCAUUUAUAUAGUAAAUUGAUCUGAGUUAUCCAUUUGAAAAGUAAAUCCAUCUUUAAAGUAUCAGAUCUGACACAUUUUAUAUAAUUUAUGUAAUACAUGUAUUACAUUAUUGAAAUGACACAAGUUAUUAGCAUAUUGAAAUAUAUCUUGAAUUGUUGUAUAGAGCAUUUGUUAAAGCAUUUAUCCUGCUGGUUAAUCUGUCAACUGUCUCUCAAAAAUAUGCUUUUCUUAAUUUUCAUGUUCAAAUAAUUAUUGAAACAUUUCAUUUUAUAUCAUUGUAUACACAUUUUCUCUGUCAUAACAAUUCCAUUGACUGUUAUAGAGAUUUGAUAAUUAGUAUUGAAAAUUACAUUUAUUCAUUAUAAAGCAUUUUACUCUGGAAAACAAGUGUCAUUUUGUAUUCAUAUAAAGCAUGCUUCCCCAUUUCCAUUCUCAAUUUUAUUCCAUAAUUGUUGAAAAAAUCAUUUUUUUUUAACACAUUUUUGUAUUUUAAAAAAAAUAAUUAUCAUACAAGAACAAACUCUGGUAAUGAUUUUAUUCAGAAUUAUUGUCAAAUUGUUAGUUUAAUCUAACUUUUUACUAAUAAACACUUGAGGCUUGAAAUCCUUUUGAUAAACAAUUUCCCAUAAUGAUUGUCAUCAAGGUUUUUAUAUUGAAUCUUUAUUACUUGGGUUAAUACUGUCAGAUCUAAAAACUGUGUUUUUCUUCUUUUGCCCAAUAUUUGUUUUAUAGUUCUAUGUCAUAUGUUAGUGACCUUUGAUAGUUAUAUAUGUACACACAAAAUCAUGGUGCAAAUUUGAUAUAACUAUCAGUAUCAGGUAUUGUUAUUUACAAUGGACAGGAAAAUAGAACUUCAAUUUAAAAAAAAUAUAAAAAACACAAGGUUGAAACUUUUUACACUGGUAGCUACAAAAAUAAAAACAAAAUUACUUAUGAAGUUAGCUCUACAAAUUCAGCUUUAUAACUCUGCUUAUAAACCUGAUUAGGAGGACGUGUAUGGUUGAUGCAUAGUAACUUUUUAAUAAGUCCCACUCCUUACCUUGCCUUGUUGAUGACCCUUUUUAUUUAAAUCCUGGAUCUACAUCUUAGAACUAUAAUAUUUAUCAUUAUAUUUUCAUAUCUAAAGCUUGCUCUUCAUCCCUCUAUAGUACAAGAUAUUUCUAACUUCAUCAGCCAUAAACAUUUAUUAUGAAGAAUUUACAUGUCAGUCAUGUUAUGCUGUCAUGAUGUAUUAUUUUAGCUAGUGAUCAAAAUUAAUUAUUUGUUAUAUUUGUUGAUAUUUUGUUAUUUACUGUGAUUUUAGAAAAGUGCAAUAAACUUUGUAGAUAGAUCUGUUUUAUACUGCUUGUAGAAUGAACUUGCCAUGCUUCAAUAAAAAUUAUUAAAA